UAACUUCCCGUAACAUGGGCAUAAGUAUUGGCUGGACCAUCGAUCAGAAAUGAGUGCUAACACACUGAAAAUCGCUCUUAUUCAGUUGGGAGGUUUUCCGACCAAAAAAGAAGCCAUCGCCAAUGCCGUUAAUCAGAUAAGAAUUGCGGCUCGUGAUAAGGGCGCUAAGUUGGUGAUCCUUCCGGAAUGCUGGAACUCGACCUACAGCGCCAGUGAGUUCGGUAAAAAUGCGGAACUGAUUCCGAAAGGUGAGACGACAACGGCUCUGGCUCAGGUGGCCGGUGAGCUGGGAAUCUAUCUGAUUGGAGGCACCUAUCCGGAACAAGAUGGCGGUAAGCUGUACAACACCUGCACUGUUUUCGGACCCAAGGGAGACUUCCUAGGUAAAUAUCGGAAGAUGCAUCUGUUCGAGAUGGACAUUCCUGGCAAGUGUACCUUCAGUGAACCGAGUGUGUUGACCCCGGGAGAUCAGUUCUUCACUUUCAACUAACAUCGGAGAUCUCAAAGUGGGACUGGGAAUCUGCUACGAUCAGCGGUUCCCGGAGUUUGCCGCGGCUUAUCGGCAGUUGGGGGUGGACUUUCUGGUGUUCCCAUCGGCCUUUGACACCUACACCGGUCCGAUGCACUUCGAACUGAUCGCCCAGGCCCGGGCCCUGGACAAUAGCAUGUUUGUGGCACUCUGUGCUCCUGCCCGGGAUACCACCAAGGACUACGUGGCCUACGGGUAUUCCACCAUCAGCGAUCCCUGGGGUCGGGUCUUGACUCGUGCCCGGGAAAAUCCGGAAAUUCUCAUCCAGGACUUGAACCUCAACAUGCUGGCCGAGAUCAAGCAGCAGAUUCCGGUUCUGCGGCAGAAGCGUUCCGAUGUGUACGAGCUGAAGGUGAAGAAGUGAGGUGUGGUGUGUGUUCGUC